AUGACAUAUCUAAGAUAUGUUAGCUAUACAUUAUAUAAAUAUGAUGUCGGACCUGCCAUCGUUGAGGGUGACUACGAAUCCAUCUCAGUCGGACCUGCUAUCCUUCCUAUCAUUCCUGAAAUCAACAACUCCCCUCUUGUCCAAAUCAUCAUCAAUGUCAAGCCUGGUUCUGGCAAUCCCGUCGUUAUCGAAGGUAUGCCCGAGGUCGCGCCCACCCCCGUGCUCGUCGAAGAGAAGCCUGUGGCUCCCGAACCCAUUAUCGUUGCCCCUGUGGUCAUCCCCGAAUCCGUCAUUACUCUUCCUGACAUUCUCAACUAA